AUGGCGGGCCGCCCGGCGCCCGGCGUCCCCGACGUGCGACAGCCCGCGAGGUGGGUGUCGGCCCCCGCGGGGGGCCGGGUGACCCUGCCCUGCCUGGUGGAGGCCCUGGAGCCCCCCGGCCCCGUGCUGUGGUUCCGGGGGUCCGGCCCGGCCCGGCGGCUGGUCUACGGCGGGAGGGCGGCCCCCUCCCCGGCCCCCAGGGUCGCCCGCCUCCACGCCACCAACCGGGACUUCUCCAUCCGCCUGGACAACGUGUCGGCCGAGGACGAGGGCACCUACUUCUGCGUCAAGUUCCGGGCCCGGGCGUCGGGCCCGGUGGAGCUGGGCUCCGGGCCCGGGACCCGCCUCCUCCUCGCCCGCCGGCGCCACCGGACAGGGCUGCUGGCGGGGCUCGGCUGCUUCCUCCUCCUCCUCUUCCUCCCCGCCGCCGUCGUCUCCCUCCUCCGCCGGACCUCAGGGCGGACGUCCCGCCGGGACAGCUCGGACUCCCGGCUUCGCCCUAGGGCCCGGAGCAAGGGCCCGGCCGACCGAGACAUCGUGUACGUGGACCUGCGGGUGGGGGCGGCCGGCCGGCCGGCCCGGGGCCCUCCGGGGCGACGGGAGGGCCGCUGCCAACACGCGGGCGGCCGGCCGGAGGGCCGCUCCGAAUACGCCACCAUCCAAGCCCGGCCGGGCGCGGUCUUCUCCGAGGACGCCGAUCCCGACACGGAGACGACCCUCCCGGGCAGCCGGAGACCCCGGGAGCGCGGGGAAACCGAGGCAGGGCCCGGCUACCGUCCUUCGGAACCCGAGGCCCGGCCCCUCCCCCUCCUGCUCCUGGCCGCCGCCCUCCUCAACACCCCAGGAGGCGGCGGCGGCGUGGCGGAGGAGACGGCGGAGCUGGAGGUGAGGCAGCCGCCGGGCCCGGUGUCGGCGGCGGCCGGGGAGACGGUCACCCUCAACUGCACGCUGACGGCCCUGGUGCCGCCCGGCCCCGUCCGCUGGUACCGGGGCAACGGGACCCACCGCUGGGAGAUCUACAACUUCAAGGAAGGGUCCUUCCCGCGGGUGACCCCGGCCACCCUGCCCCGCUCCGGGGCCGAGCUGGACUUCUCCGUCCGCCUCCGGAGCAUCGCCCCGGCCGACGCCGGCACCUACUACUGCGUCCGCUUCCGCCGGGGGAGCCCCGCCGACGUCGAGUUCCGCUCCGGGGGCGGCACGGAGCUGACCGUGAGCGCGCGUCCGUCGCGUCCGGUGGUGACGGGCCCGACGGGGCGGCUGCUGCCCGGCCAGGAGGGGGCGUUCACGUGCCGGGCCGGCGGCUUCUCCCCGCGCGCCAUCGGCGUCACGUGGUUCAAGAACGGCAACCGGCUCCCGGCGGCCCCCGCGCGGGUGUCGCCCAGCGGCGGGGAGGGCGUGGCCUACGAGGUGGCCAGCACGGUGCGCGUGCGCCUGGCCGCCGACGACGUCCGCUCCCAGGUCAUCUGCGAGGUGGCGCACAGCACGCUCCAGGACCCCCUGCGCGGCUCCGCCAACCUCUCCCGCACCCUCCGAGUGCCCCCGGAGGUGUCGGUGAGGCAGAUGCCCGGCCCCCGCGCCCCUCCGGCCGGGGAGGGCCCCCCGCCCACCGUGACGGUCGCCUGCCUGGUCAGCCGCUUCUACCCCGCCGCCGUGCGCGUCAGCUGGCUGGAGAACGGCACGGGCCCGGGCGUCGGGGGCGGGGGUCCCGCCCGGCCCCGCGAGAACAAGGACGGCACCUUCAGCCUGGAGAGCCCCCUGCAGCUCAACGCCUCGGCCCUGAGGACCCCCACCCAGCUCACCUGCCUGGUGGAGCACGACGGGCAGCCCCCGGCGCGGGCCAGCCUCACCCUCCGCCCCGCGUCCGCCGACGACGCCCGCGCCGGACCCCCGGGGGGUCCCGGCCGGUCGUCUCCGGUGCUGAUCGUGGUGAGCUCGGUGUGCGCGCUACUCUCCGCCCUGCUCGUUGCCGCCGUCUACGCCGUCCGCCUCAACCACAGGAAAGCCAAAGGGUCCAUGUCUUCCACGAGGUUACACCAGCCCGAGAAGAUCACGCGAGACGCCUCCCAGGCGCCGGAGCCCCAGGACCUGAACAGCGACAUCACGUACGCGGACCUGAGCCUGCCCCGGGGGAAGCCCAGCCCCCCGCCCGCCCGGCCCCCGCCCGCGGACGACACGCUGGCCUACGCCGACCUGGACAUGGUCCACCUCGACCGGGAGGCCAAGAAGGCCGGCCCCAAGGAGGAGAGCCCGCCCUCCGAGUACGCCUGCGUCCACGUGCGGCCCCGGGGGCCUUGACCGCCCGCGCUCCCGCCGCGCGCCGGGCCGGCCCGGCCGGCGGCCGCCGCG